AUGCGCUGCUGGGUGGCUCUGGCCAUCGUCGCCCUGAUGGCGAGUCCCAGCGUGGGCUCCCCGGCGCAGGACGACCGCGUGGUGAAGCUGUGCGGCAGGGAGUUCAUCCGGGCCGUCGUCGUCGCCUGCGGAGGGUCCCAGUGGAAGCGCUACCCCUGGAAGGGCACGUCCUCUGCCGAAGUGCUGGACUGGCUGGACGGCGGCGUGUCCAGAGAGCCCGGCGCGCGCCCCCCCACCCCGGUGGACAAGGCCAGCCCCGAGGAGCCUCUGGGGGCCAUGACACGAGUCCCCGGCGGCCUGGGCCUUGCCGGCGGGUGCUGCACCCGGGGCUGCACCCGGCGGCAGAUGACGCGGUUCUGCUAG